AUGCAGCAGCUAACAAUUUUCAUGGAUAUUGAAAGUUCUCGCUCGUAUAUCGACGAAUUAUAUUCUGCGGACGAGACGAAAAUUUUAGAGGCUCUAAUUGCGUUGAAGAAUUCAGUUAUAGGCAGUAACAGACAGAAGUCUUCGGUUAUUCAACAAGGCAUAGUACCAAGGCUGCUCCAGUUAAUGUCUGAGCAGAACUGGGAUCCUAAUAUUAGAUUAGAGGCCACUAUUACUAUUGGUUCCUUAGCAAAAGGCACAUCAGAUAAUGUCACUGCAUUAGUUGAACAAGGUGCAGCAGUGGCUCUUGUGGAGAUAUUGAAAGAUGUGCCAAUAGGAACAAAAUUGGCUGAAGCUAGCCUUUGUGCUUUAAGGAGUAUAUUCCUUAAUCCUCCUGCACCAAUAUCUGCCUUGCCAUCCGAGAUGAGACUUCUGUCACGGUUGACUCAAAUAGCAAGAGAGGGUUCACCUACUGCGCGUGCUUGUGUAGUCCGUAUACUAUCAAUAUGGUGUGGAGGUCCUAUUGAACAGGAAGCAUUAUGUGCUGCAGGUGCUUGUAAUGCAAUAGCAGCGCUACUGGCACCUAAAGGCACAUCACCACCACCCAUAGCAAGGGCCUUGCCAGCAUUGGAUUUGUUAGCUGCAAUGUGCUUUGAAAAUGCUAAUGUUUCUCAAGUUGCAUUGAAUACUAGGUAUGGAGACAAAACAAUUCCUGAACUUUUGACUCUCCUAGUGUCAAGAGAUAAACCUUUGCCUGUAGCGAUGGGUGCUGCCCGUUGUCUCACUUUUAUACAUAGAGCAGGAGCAAUAACAGCUGAUGAUAGCAGAGUGGUAUUUGGAGCGCUGCCAUGCCUUGCUCGACUUUGUACCAAAGACAUGCCCGAAGACAUUAGAGCAACGGCGGCUGAAACGCUGGCGUAUUUGGCUGAAGUAGACACAUCACUCCAAAGACUAGCUGCGAUAUCAAAUCACCUCAUGAGCUCGCUGGCGGACAUAGUAAAUUGUCCGUCGCCAGCCGCGAAGCAGGGCGCAUUCAAAUGUUUCGCCUCACUCGGCGCAAACGCAGAAGAUAUAAGAAAAAGAAUAAUCGAAACACAUGGUUUAAUGGUUCAUAUUGUUAACGGAAUGAAUAAUCCCGAACCUUCGGUAAGGUUAGCGGCGGUCCGAUGUCUCCAUUCUCUCUCGAGAUCAGUCCAACAGUUAAGAACUACAUUUCAGGAUCACUCUGUCUGGCGUCCCCUGAUGCUGCUGUUAAGUGAGUCUCCAGGCACCGAACUCCUCACAGUUGGCUCUUCGACUCUCUGCAAUCUACUUCUGGAAUUCUCACCCGCCAAGGAGCCCAUGUUAGAUCAAGGCGUCGUAGAGAUGCUUUGUAACCUAACGAAGAGGCCGGAAGCGGCGCUUCGCCUAAACGGAAUAUGGGCACUUAUGAAUAUGGCUUUUCAGGCGGAACAAAAGGUGAAGCAACGAAUAUUAAGCUGUCUCGGCACAGAGCAAAUGUUCCGUCUCUUAGGUGAUAGUGAUACACGGGUUAUUAUGAAGACUUUAGGCUUAUUACGCAACUUACUGUCGACGAGGCAACAUAUCGAUGCUAUUAUGAGCGAGUUUUCUUCGCAGGUCAUGCAGGCUGUGAUAGUCGUCUUAGAAGGCUCAUAUCCGGCGGAAGUGAAGGAACAAGCGUUAUGCAUACUCGGAAAUAUCGGAGAUGGAGAGAAAGCAAAGGAUUUUAUUAUGGCCAAUGAAGAUGUUCUCAGAAAGUUGGUGGAUUAUUUGGCGCAUCCAGAGAGCAAACUCCAAGAAGCGGCCUUGUUCGUUGCCGGCAAUUUGGUCUGGAAAGGCGAAGCCGGGUGUGCGGCGAGGCAAGCGAGACUCGCGGAGUUGGGCGUUCUUCGGGCGCUUAAACUCCUGCGACAAAGGCCGGAUGCCGCACACCUGCAUGAUAAAGUCAAAACCGCCCUGGCACAAUUCAACGAGUUGACAUAA